UUCUGUCCAACGGCCGACAAGACCGACAAGAAAACAGCAGAGGACAGGGGAAAUGUGUCCUACGUGGCUAUUGGUGGCUGUGGCGGUGGUGGGCGUGGCCAGAGGAGCCGUCAGUCAGUGCUGGGAACACCCGAGCUGUCAGGAGGUCAACUCUGAGAGCAGCAUGAUGGAGUGCAUCCAGCUCUGUCGCUCCGACCUCACCGCGGAGACACCUGUAAUCCCAGGCGACGCCCACCUCCAGCCUCCUCCUCCAUCAGACCCAGAAUCUCUGCCUCCUCUCUCUCUUCUAUCCUCCUCCUCCUCCUCCUCUCCUCAGGCCAAGCGCUCCUACUCUAUGGAGCAUUUCCGCUGGGGGAAACCCGUCGGGCGGAAACGCCGCCCCGUCAAAGUCUACACCUCAAACGGCGUGGAGGAAGAGUCGGCCGAGCUUUUCCCCGGAGAGAUGAGGAGACGGGAGCUCGCCGGCAAGAUGAUGGCAGCGGCGGCGGCGGCGGGGGACGAGGAGAAGGAGCAGGAGGUGGUGGAAGAGGAGCAGCAGCAGCAGGAGGAGGAGGAGCUCCCCGGUGACGUCCAUGAGAAGAAAGACGGCACGUACAAGAUGAAGCACUUCCGCUGGGGCGGGCCGCCGGCCAGCAAACGCUACGGCGGCUUCAUGAAGAGCUGGGACGAGCGCAGCCAGAGGCCGCUGCUCACGCUCUUCAAGAACGUCAUCAACAAAGACGGACAGCAGGGAGAGAGAGAGCAGGAGCAGUGAGGGAGGGAGGAGAAGGAGGAGGUAGAUAGAUGGAUGGAUAGAAGAGGAGCGGGACAGACAAGUGGCCAACAAGUUCUCCAAACAAAAUAAGAAAUACGUCGAUUUUAAUCGACCAAAAAAAACGAGCAUUUCUCCGACUCCUUCAUUGGCAGACAACCCUGUCUCCUAGAAACUACAUUUAUAUAUUCUUCUUAUUGUCUUUGCAUUAACAUGCUGGUGAGAAGCUAAAUCCCCACAGUGUUUUACUCAUUAUUGAUUAAUCUGACAAUUACAUGGCUGUAAAAUGUCAAGUUUACAAUAAAGAAAGCAGCAAAAUCUCCACAAUUGAGACUCUAAAGCUAGAAAUUCUUUGGCAAUUUUUUUGCUUUACUGAAACAAGGAAUCACUGAUUGAUUAAACCAGCAGAGUGGAUGAAGAUACCAGUGAGUCUGUGUGUGAUUAGGUUGAGGGAAAAGAUCACAGUUUGAGUUAAAUGAUUCACACUUUUAUCUGGAGAAUAAUUCAUAUGUUUUUUUCUGUGGAUUUCUCACUGAUUAUAUCUGGACGAGGCUCAUGUACUUCUUUGCACCAAUCAGGAUUCAGCAUUCAAUUUGUUUUUCAGUGUGAAACUGGAAUAAAUUGCUUAUUUAGUCCUCAUUAUAUGGUAUAAUGUUGGGGACAUUUUUUUUUUUAGAUUUGGGCUUCAAACCUCGCAGCUUCAUUGGGCCUUUACAACACAUUUGCUGUUGUAGAUAAAUAACGUAGUGUAUAAAAGUAGAUUCUAAGAGAAACGGUCAAAGCAACUAUGUUUUUUUCUACUCUGGCACCUCACUGGUUCAGGCAACUAAAGACACGGGGGGAAAGAAAAUUGUUGUUAUGUUUAAAUCUUGACUGUCAGAAGGGAAAAUAAUUGUUAAUACUUUAGCCAAAAUCCUUUUUUUUUUUUCAAAAGUUAACAGCUUCACCCAAAGAGAUCGGUCCUGAAAUGAGAGAGAAAAAGAGAGAAGAUGAUGUUUUAUAUAUUGAUGCAUGUAAAUGACUGUAAAUGACCUGAAAAAAAUAAAGUUA